AUGCCCGAAUUCCUCGAACUUCCAGAUGAGAUCAAUCACCGAAUCCAUCACUACAUCGCAGCCAUGGACCUGAAGACACGCUUCCGAGAAACUACUGAAGGCCCAUGUUCCAAAACUCAAGAGGAUGAACCGUCGCUCCGCAUCGCUAACCGGACCACCCAAGGACUACUUUUUUCACACAUUAAAGUGAAAAAGCUUGUGAUAUGGAUAAAGGACGUUGAACUACCGACCAAGGGCCUGACCGUCCGGACGCUCAUGAUCCAUGCAAAAAAUAAGAAGCUUUUGUCGCUACUCAAAGCCUGUAAACCUGACGGACAAUAUGAAGGGGUGGGACUUUACCAUCCGGUGGAGGAAGAAGCCGUUUUCGACUUCCUAAACAAAUCGACCGUAAGCCUGGGGCAUCGAGGCGUCCGGCUCAACGAACUGCUGCGAUGGAAAGUGGGCAAGGCUUGGCUGACGUCAGCCAAAGAAGAUGAUUUCCAGUUUCGUCCGUGCUACGAUCAACUCAUCGCCGAAUGGCGGGAGGGAAGGCGCGAAAUCGAAUACUUGAACUUCAUACUGGAGCCGCGCCAUUUAAACGAUACUUUCCACGACGAAUUCGAGGAGAUGCUGACGCGCGAAAAUGGACAGCAGCUUUAUGCUUUCAAGUACGAAAAUCAGAUCAUCGUCCGAACGUUGCCG